AUGUUGAAGCCUUCAUUGCCAUUCAGACCCCUCUUAUUCCUGCAGCUACCUCUGUUGGGGGUGGGGCUGAACCUGAUGGCCCUCACGCCCAAUGGGAAUGAAGACAGCACAGCUGAUUUCUUUCUGACCUCUAUGUCCCCUGGGUCUCUCAGUGUUUCUACCCUGCCACUCCCAGAGGUUCAGUGUUUUGUGUUCGAUGUUGAGUACAUGAACUGCACUUGGAACAGUAGCUCUGAGCCACAGCCUACCAACUUGACUCUGCACUAUUGGUACACGAAUUCUGAUAAUGAUAAAGCCCAGGAAUGUGGCUACUAUCUAUUCUCUGAACAGAUCACUUCUGGUUGUUGGUUUCAAAAAGAGGAGAUUCAUCUCUACAAAACAUUCGUCAUCCAGCUCCAGGACCCCAGGGAAUCCAAGAGGCAGGCUGUGCAGACAUUAAAGCUACAGAAUCUGGUAAUCCCCCGGGCUCCGGAAAAUCUAACACUUCGCAACCUGAGUGAAUCCCAACUAGAGCUGAGCUGGGACAACAAACACUUGGACCGUUGUUUGGAAUAUCUGGUGCAGUACUGGAGUAACCGGGACCACAGCUGGACUGAACAAUCAGUGACCCAAAGACGGAGCUUCUCUUUGCCUAGUGUGGAUGGGCAGAAACUGUACACUUUCCGUGUUCGGAGUCGCUAUAACCCACUCUGUGGCAGUGCUCAACAUUGGAGUGAAUGGAGUCACCCAAUCCAUUGGGGGAGCAAUACAUCAAAGGAGAAUCCUUCAUUGUUUGCAUGGGGAGUGUGGCUUAUCCCCCUUGGCUCCAUAGGCUUCAUUAUUAGCCUCAUCUUUGUGUACAUCUGGCUGGAAAGGGCAAUACCCCGAAUUCCCACCCUCAAGAACCUAGAGGACCUGGUUACUGAAUACCAUGGGAACUUUUUGGCCUGGAGUGGCGUUUCUAAGGGACUGGCUGAGAGUCUGCAGCCAGACUACAGUGAAAGGCUCUGCUGCGUCAGUGAAAUUCCCCCAAAAGGAGGAGCUCUAGUGGACGGGCCUGGAGGCUCUCCUAGCAGCCAGCAUAGCUCCUCCUAUUGCCUUUCUCCCACCCCAUGUUACACCUUGAAACCUGAGUCCUGA